AUGUCUCUCCUCUGCCUGAGAGAGCUCUGCCGCAAGACGAGGAGCAUCAAACAGACAGAGCUGGAGCCCUUGGUGAGACGAGCCAAUCAGAUUAGAGCAGAACUCACACUGGUAAGAUCUCACAGUAGCCUAUCCUAGCCCUAUAUAGAACGUGGAAUGCUGUGCAUAGGGUUAACAGUAUCCCAGCCACACACGUUAACAAAUUGCUGUAAAUUUACAGCAAAACUUUCACAGUUAGCUACUGUAAUUCUAUAUUACAGUACUGUAAUUCUAUAUUACAGUACUGUACUGUAAAAAGCAAUGCAUUAUAGGCACUUAACAGUGUUGCGCUGCACUGCUGUAAAAGUACUGUAUUACCUGUUUUGCUGUAUAUUUAUAGCAGCAUACUGUGAAUUAUGGUGCAUUGUGGAAAAUGUUGUGGGCAGCGAAAGAACCUCUGGCUCAUGGACAUAUUUUGAGGCAUGCCUUGUAUUUUGUUGCACCCAUUAGUGAGAAUGUUGUACCCCACAGAAUAUACAGUACCAUAUUUUUGUUUUAUAUAUAUUUAUCCUAUAAAUCUACAGUAACUUACUGGCUAGUGUGCUGCCAGUAAUUUACUGUAAUUCAGUACCAUACUGUAUUUUUUAAAUCUAAAAACCUUUUCCUGUAAAUCUACAGUAAUUUACUGUAAUUCAGUAUUGCCCCCACAGAAUACAGUACCAUACUGUAACUUUGGAGCGCCAAAAACCUUUUGUGGCUGCAUGCUAUUGUUUUGGCUUAUUAACACAUUAAGAGGCUAUACUUGUUGCACCCGUUAGUGAGAGUGCUGUACCAAUUUAAGUGAUAUGCGGUAGUAGUUCCCUAACAAUUAAAUAUAUAGGGAAUAGAUCAGAGUGGAAGCAAGUCUCAAACCUUUAAUGAUUGACUGUUUAGUCAUGUCCAUUUGCUCUGUUUUAACCUUAAUCUGGCCCUGCCAGUAGUCAUGACAAUUUAGAAGCCUUUGUUAAGGCCUCUACAAGUGCAAGUGAUAUAAUGCACCAAAUAUUCAUUGGUAUGCUGUAAUAUAUAAUUACAUAUUCACUGUUAGCAAUUGCUGUAAUUCUAUUACAAUACAACUUAACAAUAAAGUACUGUAUUGCUUUUUUGCUGUAUAUUUACUGCAGCAUUCUGUAAAUGAUGGUGCAUUGUGGAAACAUUUUGUGGGAGGAGAAAGAAUCGCUGACUCAUUAACAUAUUUGGAGGCGUGCCUUGUAAGACGGCUAUAUUUGUUGCACCCAUUAGUGAGAAUGCUGUACCAAUUGAACUGAUAUAUGGUAAUAGUGCCAUUACAAUUUGAUGUGUAGUGCAUUCGAAAAGUAUUCAGACCCCAUGACUUUUUCCACAUUUUGUUACGUUACAGUCUGAAAUUGAUUAAAAUACUUUUUUCCCUCAUCAAUCUACACACAAUACCACAUAAUGAGAAAGCGUUGAAGGUCCGCAAGAACACAGUGGCCUCCAUCAUUCUUAAAUGGGAGAAGUUAGGAAACACCAAGACUCUUCCUAGAUUUGGCCGCCCGGCCAAACUGAACAAUCGGGGGAGAAGGGCCUUAGUCAGGGAGGUGACCAAGAACCCAAUGGUCACUCUGACAGAGCUCAAGAGUUCCUCUGUGGAGAUGGGAGAAACUUCCAGAAGGACAGCCAUCUCUGCAGCACUCCACCAAUCAGGCCUUUAUGGUAGAGUGGCCAGACGGAAGCCACUCCUCAGUAAAAGGCACAUGACAGCCUGUUUGGAGUUUGCCAAAAGGCACCUAAAGGACUCUCAGACCAUGAGAAACAAGAUUCUCUGGUCUGAUUGAAGUGGAUUUAACAGGUGACAUCAAUAAGGGAUCAUAGCUUUCACCUGAUCAGUCAAUGUCAUGGAAAGAGCAGGUGUUCCUAAUAUUUUGUGCACUAGUGUAUAGCCUAGGCCUAUACACAACAAGCUCUUGGGUUUGUAAAAUAUGAUCAUGAUUUAAAACGUUUCGAACUGCAAUAUAAUUGUUCUGAAACUCAAGCCGACCCUCAGGUUGAAAUAAUGUUUUCAUUCCACUUCCCAGCUAAUUCCACCUGCCAGCGGGAAGAACUGUGGAUAUUCGACCCAGUGCAGGACUCCUAUUGUGUUUGUUUACAUUUACUUGGUUUACAAACAUUGGAGUAAAACAAGCUUAUAUUUUGGGUUCUGAAGGGGUAUGACGGUUGAACUAUGCUCAUGAGGCAUUUAUAAGUUAUAUUCUAUUCCACUCCAAUCAGCUAAAAACAAGAAGAAGUGGCUUCAGUGGGCACGAGAUCACCAACACUGGACAAUUGAGGAGUGGAAAAACAUUGCCUGGUCCAACGAAUCCCGGUUCCUGUUGCGUGUCAGGAUUUGGCGUAAGCAGCUUGAGUCCAUGGAUCCAUCUUGCCUGGUGUCAACGGUACAGGCUGGUAGUGUACUGGUGUGGGGAAUGUUUUCCUGGCACACGUUAGGUCUCUUGAUACCAAUUGAGCAACUAUUGAAUGCCACAGCAUACCUGAACAUUGUUGCUGACAAAACCCAAUAGAGCAUCUUUGGGAUGAGAUUGAAAGGGCUGUUCGCAGCAUGAAUGUACCGCCGUCAAAUCUGCAGCAACUGCGUGAUGCCAUCGCGUCAGAAGUGACCAACAUCCCUGUGGAACGUUUCCGACACUUUAUAGAAUCCAUGCCCGAAGAAUUCAGGCUGUUCUGGAGGCAAAGGGGGGUCCGACUCAGUACUAGAUGGGUGUAUCUAAUAAACUGGCCAUUGAGUGUAUUUUAAUUCAGUCAUCUCGGUUUUAAUCUUUUUAUCCUUCGCUUGUUUGUAACAAUUGCCUAAGACAACUAAGGCACCUAAGGCAACUUUGUUUUUGUAGUCAACUUCGUUCUGAGAUAGAUAAACAUCUUGAUUCUAUGUUUAGCGAAGAUCGUCUGUGUAUAAAGUGAUGCACAAGGGCUAAAAAGCAUCUGACAACGCACUUAGCUGUUCUACUAGUGGUCUGAGGCAGUCAGUCAGUAAAUAACGAGCGUCUUCCAGUGCAACUUUAGUAACAAUGGUUGUAGGUAAGGAGGACUGCAAUUGGGCCUACCGAACUAUGUCUAGUCUACAGUAUGAAAGUGUGAAGUUGUGGCAGAUCAUGACUCUCAGUAUAUACUACCAGCAUUAACUCCGACUUCUAAGGGUUAGGGUUAAGUUUAGGCAUUAACUCUGAAUUCUUAAGGUUAGGCAUUAACUCUGAAUGGGUAAGGAUUAGGAUGGGCUUAAAACAAAAAUUUCAAAAGCAUGCAACCUUUGGCACCAGAGGCAGAUGCUUUCUAUCGCUGGAUUAAAACAAAAAUCUCAAAUACAAUCUUUUUAUUGCUGGAUUAAAACAUGCAACCAGUCAAUAAAUAAUAUAAUAAUACUCGUAGGAAAGGUUUAUCUUUAGCUCACAAUCUGUGGAUACUAUAUGAUUAGAAAGGUUAAAAAUGUAUGUAAAACAUCACAGCACAAUUGAAAGAUAUAUGGCACAUGGAAACCAAACGAGGGUGGUCUAUGGUGAUAGGUGGGAUGGGCUGAGAGUGGCUGAGGGGUGGGAUUAAAGAGCUUAUGUUUGGUAAUGUAUUAUUGUUAUGUGAUUGCUUUAUAUAAAAGUACCACGUAUGUAAAAUGUAUAUGUAGCAGAAAAGCUGUAAAAAAACUAAAAAUAUGGUUGUCCUCCGAAGAGGGGUGGAUGGGUUAAUUAAAAAAAUUAAUAAAAAAAAAGCUACCUUUGGCACCAGAGGCAGAUGCUUACGCCCAUCCACAACACCUUAGCAAAACGAAACCUACUUGAAGGUAACAGUGCUCACUAUUGCCUCUAGUGGCCGGUUUGGACGUCAUCUCCCGACGUCCUCAGACAUGGAUGGACGUCGAAUACUGACUUGUAUCAUGGGUGACCUGGCUGGUAUAUGUGAUGUGUGUUUACCUGUGUUUUUUUCUUCUUCUGCCUUAUCAGGCUCAUACACGCCCUCUGGUGGUAUCUCUUAUAUACAGUGCUGCGUGUCCAACUUCAUCUCUCGACGAGAUGGUGGUGUACCAUCGUCCCCCGAGAAUAUCUUCAUGACCUCUGUCUCUCAAAGGUCAAUAAUGGUGAGAAUUAUCUUCAUCACCAUCAUGAUCAUCAUCAUCAUGUCUCAUUCAUCUUUCCCUCUGUAUUUUCUGCUUUCUGUUUUUAGCAAGUGUUGAAGCUGCUGGUCCACAAUCAGGCCUCACUUCCGACAGGUGUGCUGACCGCUGUGCCCACCUACUCUUCUUUUAAAAUUAUGUAGCAAAGGCUCGGUGCAGCCAUUGUUCCGUACUACCUAGAUGAAGAGCAUGGCUGGGCAAUGGAGGUGGAGGAGCUACGCAGAGCACUACAGAUCUCUAAGGGUGUCUGCAACUCUGUCGCUUUGUACGUAAUCAACCCGGGGAAUCCUACAGGUAACGUGUUGUUCCGGUUCCAUGAUGGUCGAUACAGUAGUACCCCACUAUUUGACCCUAUGAAGAAUGUAAAUUAAACCUAUUUGCGGGCAAAGAUACCACAGCAGCCAUAAUGGAGGAUGUAAUUUGUUUUGUUUUGUUGUUGCUAGGUCAUGUUCAGAGCAGGAAGUGUAUUGAAGGGGUGAUCCGAUUCGCUGCUGAGGAGAGGCUCUUCCUCAUGGCUGAUGAGGUGACUUCCUGUCUGUAUUCUCUCCUGGCAAAUUACUUAUUUUCAAUCACAAAUAUUUCACUUCUCUCCAAAUUGACUAUUGUUUUUCUCUGUCUUCCAUUCACCAUUCUCUGUUUCAUUCGAUCCACAGGUGUAUCAGGACAGUAUGUUCGGGGAGGGCAGUGAGUUUGUCUCCUAUAGAAGGUUAUGUCUGAGACAUGGGGCCUCCUCUCUCUCACACAGUGGAGGUGGCCUCUUUCCACUCAGCAUCCAAAGGCUUCAUGGGAGAGUGAGUACAGCAGCAGUCUGUCUAUGGCAAUAGACUAACAGAUUCAUACAUUCAACUGACGGUGGAAUGUAAUAGGAGGUUUUGUAAUUGACUGGUUCAAAGUUCAGAAUGCCACCAUGGCGCAUUUAUUAGAAUGCUGCUGGAUGAAUGAGGAAGUAUCCAAUUAUCUGAUUUAUUUCACACACACAGCAGAGGCAGGGGGGCGAGGAUUUGAUGAUGGAUUUUGUUGGCUUGUAAGGCCGGUAGGUAGGGUUGUGGUGGUUGAUUCUUUCAUGCACAAAGGGAAGGAAAAUGGAAUAUGCCGCCCGUGGCAUCACCAUGAAAGGAUUUGCCGUUUUGAGAAGGGGGUUAAAUGGUAAGGUGAGGAGUGAGAAAAAGGCUGAGGACUCUACAAUGAUCUGGAUCGUAUUACCCCAUUAGCUACUCAAUUAAGUCAUUAGCUACUAGCCUACUACUUAUUUAAAACUGUCAAAUACUUUCAGCAUGAGCUGCCAACACAAACACAAUAGUGACAAAAGUACAUUAAAUAGCUGGCAGUUCCCUAACAGAUCCACUUCAGGCUUCCUGUGGUGUACAAACCUGUUCUGAACCCAGCAGGCCAGUGUUUGACCACUACCCUGUAUGUCUCUUCUCCCUGCCCAGGUGUGGGCUACGAGGUGGGUAUGUGGAAACUGGUGAACCUUGACCCCACCGUCAUGAGGUACGCCUACACCAUCUUCUCCACUGACAGCUGCGCGGCAGUGACUGGUCAGCUAGCCCUGGAGCUCAUGGCUAACCCUCCCAGGCCAGGGGACCCCUCAUACCCGGUCUACGCCCAGGUGAGACGCAUCAAAAUAGGUCACAAACUACAGUAUGACGUUAGGCUUAGUAGAUAGCAUAUGCCAUGUAACAGUUAGUCAUAAGUAGUUUAAUGAUAGUGCACUGCAAGCAUUGAUGUCUCUAAAAUAAGAAAUAGUUCAUCAAAAUCAAACAACUUCAUUUAUUUCUGUAUUCACAACAGCAUCUCAGUGUCCCAUACAAUACGCUCUCCCCCCUGUCCUUCCUCUCCCUGUCUUCUCUCCCAUCUCCACCAAGAGACCCAGGAGACCCAGCCUAUCCAGGCCAUGCUGGUCCAUAACAUGAACUGGGUCCCGGAGGUUCUGAACAAUAUUUCAGGGAUCAGCUGUCAGCCAAUGAUGGGAGGGGCUUUCGUAUUCCCCCGGCUGUAUCUACCCCAAGGAGCCAUCGAGAAGGCAAAGGUUAGUCAUGGGACAAAUACUAAACUGUAUGGUCGGGUAGAGCACUAGAAUGACUACCGUUUUGUCAUAUGGGCAUUUCACAAUACAUUCACUUUUUGGAGGAAAAAACUAAUUAAACAUCUGAUUAAUUCUAAAUACUCUGGAGUUAAAGAUUUGAUCUCUUAUCUUUCUUUAUACACUACCAGUCAAAGGUAUGGACACAUUCAAGGCUUUUUCUUUAUUGUUACUAUUUUUUACAUUGUAGAAUAAUAGUGAAGACAUCAAAACUAUGAAAUAACACAUAUUUUAUAUUUGAGAUUCUUCAAAUAGCCACCCUUUGCCUUGAUGACAGCUUUGCACACUCUUGGCAUUCUCUCAACCAGCUUCACCUGGAAUGCUUUUCCAACAGUCUUGAAGGAGUUCCCACAUAUGCUGAGCACUUGUUGGCUGCUUUUCCUUCACUCUGCGGUCCGACUCAUCCCAAGCCAUCUCAAUUGGGUUGAGGUCAGGGGAUUGUGGAGACAAGGUCAUCUGAUGCAGCACUCCAUCACUCUCCUUCUUGGUAAAAUAGCCCUUAGCCUGGAGUUGUGUUGGGUCAUUGUCCUGUUGAAAAACAAAUGAUAGUCCCACUAAGCCCAAACCAGAUGUGAUGGCGUAUCGCUGUAGAAUGCUGUGGUAGCCAUGCUGGUUAAAUUCUAAAUAAAUCACAGAUAGUGUCACCAGCAAAGCACCCCCACACCAUAACACCUCCUCCUCCAUGCUUUACGGUGGGAAAUACACAUGCAGAGAUCAUCCGUUCACCCACACCGCGUCUCACAAAGACACGGCGGUUGGAACCAAAAAUCUCAAAUUUGGACUCCAGACCAAAAGACAAAUUUCCACUGGUCUAAUGUCCGUUACUCGUGUUUCUUGGCCCAAGCAGGUCUCUUCUUCUUAUUGGUGGCCUUUAGUAGUGGUUUCUUUGCAGCAAUUCGACCAUGAAGGCCUGGUUCACACAGUCCCCUUUGAACAGUUGAUGUUGAGAUGUGUCUGUUACUUGAACUCUGUGAAGCAUUUAUUUGGGCUGCAAUUUCUGAGGCUGGUAACUCUAAUGAACUUGUCCUCUGCAGCAGAAGUAACUCUGGGUCUUCCAUUCCUGUGGCGGUCCUCAUGAGAGCCAGUUUCAUCAUAGCGCUUGAUGAUUUUUGCGACUGCACUUGAAGAAACUUUAAAAGUUCUUGAAAUGUUCCGUAUUGACUGACCUUCAUGUCUUAAAGUAAUGAUGGACUGUCAUUUAUCUUUGCUUAUUUGAGCUGUUCUUGCCAUAAUAUGGACUUGGUCUUUUACCAAAUAGGGCUAUCUUCUGUACCUACCUUGUCACAACACAACUGAUUGGCUCAAACGCAUUAAGAAGGAAAUAAAUUCCACAAAUUAACUUUUAAGAAGGCACACCUGUUAAUUGAAAUGCAUUCCAGGUGACUACCUCAUGAAGCUGGUUGAGAGAAUGCCAAGAGUGUGCAAAGUUGUCAUCAAGGCAAAGUGUGGCUAUUUGAAGAAUCUCAAAUAUAAAACAUAUUUGAUUUGUUUAACACUUUUUUGGUUACUACAUGAUUCCAUAUGUGUUAUUUCAUAGUUUUGAUGUCUUCACUAUUAUUCUACAGUCGUGGUCAAACGUUUUGAGAAUGACACAAAUACUAAUUUUCACAAAGUCUGCUGCCUCAGUUUUGAUGAUGGCAAUUUGCAUAUACUCCAGAAUGUCAUGAAGAGUGAUCAGAUGAAUUGCAAUUUAUUGAAAAGCCAUGAAAAUGAACUUAGUCCCAAAAAAACAUUUCCACUGCAUUUCAGCCCUGCCACAAAAGGACCAGCUGCCAUCAUGUCAGUGAUUCUCUCGUUAACACAGGUGAGAGUGUUGACGAGGACAAGGCUGGAGAUCACUCUGUCAUGCUGAUUGAGUUAGAAUAACAGACUGGAAGCUUUAAAAGGAGGGUGGUGCUUGAAAUCAUUGUUCUUCCUCUGUUAACCAUGGUUAUCUGCAAGGAAACACGUGCCGUCAUCAUUGCUUUGCACAAAAAGGGCUUCACAGGCAAGGAUAUUGCUUCUAGUAAGAUUGCACCUAAAUCAAACCAUGUUUCAGAUCAUCAAGAACUUCAAGGAGAGAGGUUCAAUUGUUGUGAAGAAGGCGUCAGGGCGCCCAAGAAAGUCCAGCAAGCGCCAGGACCGUCUCCUAAAGAUGAUUCAGCUGCGGGAUCGGGGCACCACCAGUGCAGAGCUUGCUCAGGAAUGGCAGCAGGCAGGUGUGAGUGCAUCUGCACGCACAGUGAGGUGAAGACUUUUGGAGGAUGGCCUGGUGUCAAGAAGGGCAGAAAAAAAGCCACUUCUCUCCAGGAAAAACAUCAGGGACAGACUGAUAUUCUGCAAAAGGUACAGGGAUUGGACUGCUGAGGACUGGGGUAAAGUCAUUUUCUCUGAUGAAUCCCCUUUCCGAUUGUUUGGGGCAUCCGGAAAACACCUUGUCCGGAGAAGACAAGGUGAGCGCUACCAUCAGUCCUGUGUCAUGCCAACAGUAAAGCAUCCUGAGACCAUUCAUGUGUGGGGUUGCUUCUCAGCCAAGAGAGUGGGCUCACUCACAAUUUUGCCUAAGAACACAGCCAUGAAUAAAGAAUGGUGGUACCAACACAUCCUCCGAGAGCAACUUCUCCCAACCAUCCAAGAACAGUUUGGUGACGACCAAUGCCUUUUCCAGCAUGAUGGAGCACCUUGCCAUUAGGCAAAAGUGAUAACUAAGUGGCUCGGGGAACAAAACAUCGACAUUUUGGGUCCAUGGCCAGGAAACUCCUCAGACCUUUAAUCCCAUUGAGAACUUGUGGUCGAUCCUGAAGAGGCAGGUGGACAAACAAAAACCCACAAAUUCUGACAAACUCCAAGCAUUGAUUAUGCAAGAAUGGGCUGCCAUCAGUCAGGAUGUGGCCCAGAAGUUAAUUGACAGCAUGCCAGGGCGGAUUGCAGAGGUCUUGAAAAAGAAGGGUCAACACUGCAAAUAUUGACUCUUUGCAUAAACUUAAUGUAAUUGUCAAUAAAAGCCUUUGACACUAAUGGAAUGCUUGUAAUUAUACUUCAGUAUACCAUAGUAACAUCUGACAAAAAUAUCUCAUAACACAAGCAGCGAACUUUGUGAAGACCAAUACUUGUCAUUCUCAAAAUUUUUGACCACGACUGUACAACGUAGAAAAUAGUAAAAAAUAAAGAAAAACCCUUGAAUGAGUAGGUGUGUCCAAACUUUUGACUGGUACUGUAUAUUGCAGAGUUUUCUGUUUUCCAUUGCAGGUAGUAGGGAUGCAGCUUGACCUAUGGUACUGUAAACGGUUACUAGAGGAAGCAGGAGUGUGUGUGGGGCCAGGGUGUCAGUAUGGACAGAAGGAAGGCACCCACCACAUCAGGUACAAUCCUCUCUCUGUCUCUCUGGCAACUGCUUCUGGACAUAGAAAUGUCACCAUAAAACAUCUCACACUCCAGUAGUCAAUGGUUCCAUAUCCAGUACUCAUCCUAUCCAAAUUGACAGGGCAGCAUAGCAUUAGCCUCAUCAUUCUAUUUAAACGGUUAUACUUCCCCACUGAUUUCUCUCUCUGCAGACUGUGUGUCAUGACCCCAGUGGAGACCAUGGAAGAGGUACUGAAACGCCUGAAGAACUUCCACCUGCAUUUCCUCAAGGAGUUCUUCUGA